AUCCACUCAGUGUGUGUCACACCUGUUCUGUAACAUGGACAUCAUCACGUAGAGCGAUGCCGGCCACAUAAUUUCAGCUGCUGCCAGCAUGUGUGUUCAGUCUCUGCAGAGGUGCAGUCUGGGAAACAUACGCCAGAAACAUGCAGCCAAUUUUUGGAAAGAACGGGAUGGAAACUCCGGAGCCGGUGAGAGCUGAAGUGAGAGGCUCCAUCCCGUCGUGGCUGCAGGGAACUCUGCUGAGGAACGGGCCCGGCCUUUUCUCUGUGGGAAACACUGAGUACAACCACUGGUUUGACGGCAUGUCGCUCAUCCACAGCUUCACCUUCUGCAACGGCGAGGUGACUUACAGGAGCAAGUUUCUGAAGAGUGACACCUACAAAAGGAACAUCAAGGCCAAAAGGAUUGUCGUCUCCGAAUUUGGAACUAUGAUCUACCCAGAUCCCUGCAAAAACAUCUUCUCCAGGGCAUUGACACACCUCAGUAACAUCAUCCCUGACUUCACCGACAACAACUUGAUCAACAUCAUUCGCUAUGGCCAGGACUACUACGCCUCCUCCGAGGUCAACUACAUAAACCAGAUCAAUCCAGCAACCCUGGAGACCACCGGCAGGAUCAACUACAGGAGCCACAUCGCUCUGAACCUGGCAACAGCUCAUCCUCACUAUGACAACGAGGGCAACACCUACAACAUGGGCACCGCCAUCAUGGGCUUAGGCCUGCCAAAAUACGUCAUCUUCAAAGUCCCUGCUGAUGCUUCAGAUAAAAAGCACAAGAAGCCGGCGCUGAGGAAGGUCCAGCAGGUGUGUUCGAUCCCGAUGCGUUCCACUUUGUUCCCAAGUUACUUCCACAGCUUCGGCAUGACGGAGAACUACGUUGUGUUCGUGGAGCAGCCCUUCAAACUGGACAUCGUCAAAUUGGCCACCGCCUACUUCAGAGCGGUCAACUGGGGGAGCUGCCUCAAAUUCGACAAGGACGACAUUACCUUGUUUCACGUCAUCAACAGGAAGACAGGCAAAGCCGUGUCCACCCGUUUCUACGGUGACGCCCUGGUGGUUUUCCACCACAUCAACGCAUACGAGGCCGACGGCCACGUGGUGUUCGACCUGAUCGCCUACAAGAACAGCAACCUGUACGACAUGUUCUACAUCCAGAACAUGAAGCAAGAGACCAGCAGCUUCAUUGAGUCCAACAAGAACUUCUCGCCACCAGUCUGCCAGAGGUUCGUCCUGCCGCUCGACGUCAAUGAGGAGUCUCCCAGAGGAUCUAACUUGGUGACUCUGGAGGACACGACGGCACAGGCAGUGAUGCAGGAGGAUGGCUCUGUCCACUGUCAGCCGGACACCAUGUUUGAAGGUCUGGAGCUGCCGCAGAUCAACUAUAACUUAAACGCUAAGAAGUACAGAUACUUCUACGGCUCCAGGGUCGAGUGGUCACCUCAUCCCAACAAGAUUGCCAAGUUUGACAUUGUCACCAGGAAACACACCGAGUGGCACCAGGAGAACUGCUACCCGUCAGAGCCGGUGUUUGUUGCAUCACCAGGAGCGGUGGAGGAAGACGAUGGGGUCAUCUUAUCAUCCAUCGUCUCUCCGGAUCCAAACAUGUCUCCGUUCAUGCUCGUCCUCGACGCCAAAACCAUGGAGGAGAUCGCCCGAGCGUCCAUUCCUGCCAACGUCCACCUGGAUCUUCACGGACACUUCAUCCCCGCCGCUGUCUGAUGGCCAAACACACAGACUGGUUUCAUUAUUUGUUACUGUGUGUAAAGUCUGUAACAUGUUGAGGAUGUGUUUGAGCAGGAGGCGUGUUCGGGACUACGACAGAGCGUCAGGCUCAAAUUUCAUUUAUCACUAAAUUCUGACGUCAGUGGGACCAUCAGCAACCUACGACGUUCCAUCAGUGUUUCCUCUUUAAACUUUGUCAUAAUCAGCAUAAAUUAACUUAUGGCCAAAUACAUGUUUUGUGAGGUCACAGUGACCUUUAUUAUAUUUUAUAUGGACCUAUUGUUGAGUCUGAAAUAAAGAUUGAUUGAUAAGUCCAA